AUGUCUCGGGGUUCGAACGACAGUAUCCUUGACGACGAAGACGACAGAGAUCCGAGACUGCCUAAUAAAGAUUUCAGGAAAUCCGAACUUAACAAAGCAGAACAUUAUUACGAUGAAUCGGAUGUUUUCGAAAAGGAACAUUCACCAAGUGAAAUGAGGCGGCGCCGGUAUGAUCAUAACGGAGGUCAGAAAACUAAAAAGCCCACCAAUUCAACAGAGCCAGCUUCGAGAGACGAUUCUCCGAACCGACACCGUCACAUUGGGAUGCAGAGACAAGCGUCAGAAGACCACAAGCGAUUGAACAGGGACAACUCCCGGGACAACGUGCUAGACGACCGACGACGCUCUAGGCGGGAACAGCACGAUAACGAAAUCAGCGACAGUAAUGGAUCUCAGUUCGGGUUUAACCGGGAAGAAUCUCCCAAUAAACGGAAUAGCAAGCAUGGCCGAAGCAGCCGGCAUAACUCCAGGGAGGACGUUUUAGAGGACAGAGGGCAGAACUCUGCCGGGCAGCGACCGAGUCAGCUUGGAGUAGCCAAAGACAAAGAAGGAGGAAGAGCAGCACAGUCCGUCUCCCAAAAAUCGCUACCUGAUAUUGUGCCUAGCCCUGGCAGCGAAUGGACCGGAAAACCGGAGCAGCAACCAAAGCAACAGAAAAAACCGUACAAAGGUCAGAAGUCCGGAAUGAUCAGCAACGUUGACGAUAUCGACAGUGUUUUAAACGGAUCCGGCCGCUCCAAUCAAGUCGGUCCUAACAUAAUGGAUGAACCAGUCCCACAUACGUCCCAUUACCCCCUUAAACCAGCCCCUGCUUCCCCAUUAAGUCCUGACGACAGAAGAGCUCGUCCCAACAGCUACGCCUUCGAACAGAACAACAAGCAGAGUGGCAAUGGCAUGAGGCAGUCCAAGUCCCAAGGAGACAAGUUAAUCGAUAUUGAAGACGACAUGAUAGAAAGUGAGCGAACCGGACAGCUGUCUGCACCUCCAUCAGGCACCAAACCACGAGGACCAAAACAGGUUUCAGCCACGGCCAAGCAGAUGUGGGGAGUACUGCAGAGUAAGAAAGGACUGGUGACCAUCACUGACUUCAUCAGUCUUUGCGAGAAGCCUGCUCCUCAGAGAAAGCUCAUCACUGUGCCCGGGGCAGAGGACAACGACCAAAAUUUCGCAGGCUACAAAUCAGCUGAGGAACUGUUGGAGAACAUGGGAGUGGAUGUCAGAAAG